AUGGCUCGUACGAAGCAGGCGAUGCCAGUCCGCCGCGAACCGUCGUCAGAGUACGCUAGCAAACACGACCGAACACCACUAUCUCCCACACCGACUGGGAUGAAAGAGAAGGCCAAUGAAAUGGCCAAUGAAAAGGCCAAUGGCCAUGCGUCCCUGGGCAAGUCGUCAGUCGAGAAGAAAGAGGCGGGCAUCGUCACGCUCAUCAUCGACAUUGCCGGCAUCUACGCCUCCUUUCUAACAUGGGCCUAUCUCCAAGAGAAACUCACAACCACCACCUACGGCCCCUCCAACGAGCGCUUCAAGUUCUCCGUCUUCCUCUUGACGAUCCAAUCGCUCUUUGCCGCGGCCGGCGGCAAGCUCUUCUCCAUACUCAGCACCCCACGAGGUCAGCCGACACCGCCCAUGAUCCCAAACCGGCGGAUUCUGGGCCCCUUGCUCCUCGUGGCCUUCACUAACGCGCUCGCCGCCCCGUUCGGCUACGCCGCGCUCGCCCACAUCGACUACAUCACGUACAUCCUGGCCAAGAGCUGCAAGCUGCUGCCCGUCAUGUUCCUGCACAUCACCCUGUUCCGCAAGCGCUACCCGCUGUACAAGUAUCUGGUCGUGGCGGCCGUGACGUGCGGCGUGGCCGUCUUUACUUUGCACUCGGGCAGCAAGAAGAAGCACCAGCACAACAAUGGCGGCAACAGCGGCCAGACGGCCUGGGGCAUGCUGCUGCUGGGCAUUAAUCUGCUGUUUGACGGCCUCACCAACAGCACGCAGGACUACAUCUUUGCCACGUUCCAGCCCUAUACGGGCCCCCAGAUGAUGGCCGCCAACAACCUGCUCUCGGGCGCCCUCACGGGCGGCUACCUACUGUUGAGCCCCUGGCUGGUGCAUACCCCGUUCGGGGAGUGGUUCGGAAUGGACGUCAACGGCAGCGGCGCGGGCGAGCUGGCCGCGGCGCUGGCUUUUUUGCGCAGGCACCCCGCCGUGUGGAGGGAUGUGCUGGGCUUUGCGCUGUGCGGGUGCGUCGGGCAGGUGUUUAUCUUCCACACCCUCUCGACUUUUUCAUCGGUCCUGCUCGUCACCGUCACGGUCACGCGCAAAAUGUUCACCAUGAUCCUCAGCGUCGUGGCGUUUGGCCACCGCCUGUCUCCCAUGCAGUGGCUCGGCGUCGGUCUGGUAUUUGGCGGCAUCGGCGUUGAGGCGCAGAUUGCGAGGCGCGAGAAGUUGGCCAAGGAGGCGGCCAAGAAGGCAAAGGCACAAUAA